AUGGGCCUGCCCCACGGCGAAAGCUCGUUGAGCCGCCUGCUGCGCGCCUUGCUGGCCGCCCGAGCCAGCCUCGAGCUCUGCCUCUUUGCCUUCUCCAGCCCGCAGCUGGGCCGGGCAGUGCAGCUGCUGCACCAGCGCGGGGUACGUGUCCGGGUCAUCACCGACUGCGACUACAUGGCCCUCAACGGCUCGCAGAUCGGCCUGCUCCGCAAGGCAGGUAUUCAGGUUCGACAUGAUCAGGACCUGGGUUACAUGCACCACAAGUUUGCAAUAGUGGACAAGAAGGUACUGAUCACCGGCUCCCUCAACUGGACCACACAAGCCAUUCAAAACAAUAGAGAAAACGUUUUGAUUAUGGAGGAUGAAGACUAUGUGAGGCUUUUUCUGGAAGAAUUUGAGCGUAUUUGGGAAGAGUUUAACCCUACAAAGUAUACUUUUUUCCCACAAAAGAAGAGAAGUCACUGAAGCUGUGCUCUCACCUCUGUCUUCAGAGUUGGAGGGGAAAGAGGGGUUUAA